GGGUGAUAAAGCAAGAUGGCGUCUGACGGCAAAGUCCUAAACGCGGGCAUUAUAUUUCUGUAUUCUUACAUAUAUGUUGUUUAAUAGAGUACACACGGUUAAUAAUUGUUUGUAGCCGGAUACAUUAGUCCGAGCGCACUUUGACACUUCUCCUGUUUGAUAGCUUCACUUAAGGUAGCUUGCAGCUAGUUUAGCUGGCUAUUUAGCUUAGCUUGUUAGCUGCUAACAAAGAGACGCGGAAGUUAUUUAAACAUCGCUAAGUAGGGAACUAAUGUGAGUGUAAAGUGUUGUGAUUGUGUGAAAAUGUGCGAAAGAACGAUGGCAAAGUACGAGGAGGAACUUUGUCCAACAAAAGAGGAGAAGGAGCGACAACAUCAACUACUGGAUGUUUAUUUUAAGAAACAUCAUCAAGUUGUGUUACACAGAACAGAUAUCUGUGAAGAACAACUUCUGCCUGAAAAGCAGGAGUGUAGCUUAAGGAUGGUGAAGGAGGAUCCAUCUAAGAGGAAGAUGAGGCGCCACGGACCCUCUGGCGUCUUCUUUUCCUCUUUGACACAGACCCUUCCUUGUAAAAAGAAAGAGGAAGACUCACUGACCCUCCACAUUAAAAACGAAGAAGAGGAACACAGCAUCAGUCAAGAGCAUAUUGAAGGACUGGUGUUCCCAGUGACUGGUGUCCCUGUGAAGAGUGAAGAUGAUGAGGUCAAAGGUGAAAGUGAGGAGCAGAAAGUGGCGGAGCCUCCGAGCAGCAGCUCAACACAACACAUGACAACAGAAGCUGAUGGAGACCACUGUGGAGGAUCACAAGCAGACAAGCUCUUAGCUCCACUAUCAGAUAGUGAGGACACAACGUCACACUCUCCUGACACUGAUGAUGAAGACUCUAAAGAUGAUAAGACAUGUAACACUGACAACACUUGCUUCAAAUGUUCUCACUGUGACAAAACAUUUAAAUAUCAUUUGUCACCUAAAAGCACACAUGAGAACACACACUGGCGAAAAACCUUUUUCCUGCUCAGAAUGUGGUAAUUGUUUUACUCACAGUCAGAGUUUGAAAGUACACAUGAGAAUACACACUGGAGAAAAACAUUUUUCUUUUUCAAUUUGUGGUAAAGGUUUUACACAAAAAAACUUGUUAAACAAACACAUGCUAACACACACUGGAGAAAAAUGUUUUACCUGUUCAAUAUGUGGUAAAGGUUUUACAGAAAGUCAAUAUUUGAAAAAGCACAUGAGAACACUGGUGAAAAAUCACAUUCCUGUUCAAUCUGCAACAGACGCAUUUGUCAGCAAUCAACACUUGUAGUACACAUGAGAAGACACCCAGGAGAGAAAUUGUUGAGUUGCAGUGUGUGUGGUGAAAGAUUCUCUUCUAAGUACCAGUGUAAGAAACACAAGUGUGCUGGUGAGAACAGCAGCAGCAAAUGAAACUGCAGGAUUUGAAAUAAACUGUCAAGACUUUCAUUUUGACUUUCUAACAACA